AUGGCAAUUUACUUCCAGUCUACCCAGAACACACGCGGAGGAAGAUUGGCUUGUUAUGUUCAAGCCAUUAAAUCCGCUGAAACUUGUAGAUGUGGGUGGAAAAAACUGACAAUAAUAGUAGGUGGCGAAAAAACUGGAGUUAACGAAUUCCCUAUGAUGGCAGGACUCGUGGAUGCAAUUAUAGUACAAGUUUUCUGUGGUACUGUAAUAAUAUCCAACAUAUACACAGUAUUGAUUCGAAUGCAAUUCUUUUCCAUGGUUGGUUUCAUUAAAUUCACUAAUGAAAUUGGUCCAGCCUGCCUUCCAUUCCAUCACAAUCGUGACAGUUUUAGUGGAGCUGUUGUAGAAAUUCCGGGUUGGGGAGCGACUGAAUUUGCUGGUCCCACUUUAAAUAUUUUGAAAAAAGUAAGAGUGAGUGUUAUUAAUCUUUCAAAAUGUUUGUUAACAUUCCCAAAUUUAGUGGACAGUCAAAUGGGCGCACUUGGACAAGGAACAGACGCUUGUCAGUUUGACAGUGGUGGCCCAGUUCUAUGGGAAAAUCCAACAUCAGGAAGACUCGUAAACGUUGGAAUUAUUAGUUAUGGUAUCGCCUGUGGAACCAAAAAUCCCUCAGUGAAUAUACGAGUUAGUGCUUUAUAA